CAGAAGGCAGAGUGUUGGCUUGUGUAUUACUUCUUCUUGCAAUGGCUUUCAUCAUCGUCGUCGUAAGAGCGGGGAUGCUCAUCAAGCAAGAUACAGGAGACGCCCACAGUCUUGCUCCGUAUACAAGUAGCAACAAUCGAACACCAGCGACGGCGCCAAAGGUCACACAUGGCACAACCAUCACAACAAAGGAUACGACGACGCCAACAACAACCACCACCACCACCACCACAACAACUACGACGACAACUGUACCUCCGCUCACCGAUGAAGAGCUCACCAGAUUGGCUGAGACCCGACCAAUCACAGUCCUUUUUGUCGGUGAUUGGAAUUACAGGACCAUGCCAAAACGAAAGUUCUACAUAUACGCACAAAGUCAUCUAAACUAUAUGAAUGCACUUUUUGCGACUGGGGACUGCAAACUGAAGAUGAAAGUGUUCGGCACCUAUAUGAUGACGGCGGAACAGCACAAGGAUCACUUUAAGGUGCGGACUGACUAUCCAGGCUUCGAUCUAACAGACUACAGUUCGAGGGAUACAAUCGAGGGUGCGCUUGACGAAUACCAUGGCAGCAACGAGGCUGACAUGGUGUUCGUGCUCACAAGCAAGUACAUCAUGGCAGGGACGUGGAGAAAGUCAGUGUCUACAAAUAGACACAGUGGAGUUUGUGGGGGUCAAGGGAAGGCCUUACUGAUCCAUGAGAUACCCUACACCUACACCAGUCUGGACGACCUGAUGGAAAACUUCAUGGAGAAGGUGACGCACAUCCCGUAUUCAUGCAUUCACGGCAUACGUACAAAUAUUCGGUGCGCAUGUCCAUCACUUGUGGAUAUGUACAAGCAAAACUUGAACGCAAGCCUCUGCAACACAACCACCGAGACUACAAGAGCACCGACAUUUUCGGGAGUAGUGGGCUUCAGCUUGACUAAAUAUUGUGAACCCGAAGCCGCCAUGCGCCAUGUAGCUCCAAUCAAAGUCGAUUUUGUGGACAGUAACUGCUGGACCAGAUGUGGGACCCAAGACAUGAUGAGCGGGAUUGCCAUGGCACCAUGCGAAAAACCGGCGCAAUCGCCGUGCCCCAAAGGCAACGACCAAUUGUGCUUCGCCGGUCAUUGCUCAAAGCCCUACAGUGAGAUAAUGGCGCUUUCACGUCGCAACUGGAACUUACCUGACAGUGCAUUCAAUGAAGCAGGUGCCUGCGCUCAUUUUCCCUGAUAUGUUGGCCAAUGGAAUACAAGUGUCUAGUUCGGGACGUGAUUCUGCACAAUAUUGAGAAUCAUGUGGUUCGCUCCUGCACCUUCAUAAUGUGACUCGAUAAUCUAAUUCGCUAUUGUUACGCGAUUACUGUUCCAUGUGACUCAAUAUUAUGAAUAUGCCUAAUCAUCCAGAAGUAGAAUAUUUGUUUUGGGAAGCUU